UAUCUUUGUAGCUGAACUCUUUGUACCUUCCGUCUUUCUUCUUUCUCUCACCAACUGUCUGAUUUAUAUAUGCCUGUCUCAUUUUAAGUGCAAGAAGUAUAACAGUGCAGCUACAAAGAACAGAACUUAUAAACAGAUGAUGUAUUUACGAUAAAGACAUCUGUUCUUUCCAGGACUGACCAACUCUUUAUUCUUCUCUUUGCUUCUUUUUUUCCUCUUUCUCCUUUCUAUCAAAUCCCAAAUGUACAUAUUUAUGUCAUUUCAUGGUAGAAAGCGUGACAUAAGGGACAAUAAGGGUGCAACUGAUGAAAUAAACAAAAAUCAGAUGUAGGGUCUCAAACGUGACAAAUGGUCGUGGCAGGAGAUAAUUUUCAUCGCGGAAAUUCUAAUAACGAAUGAUAUAAUAUUGACGGUCUAGAUUUCUAGAAUCCUAGAUUCUACGGUCUAGAUUUGGGAUACGAUAAUGAGCCAAUUUGUUACGGUGCAAGUUGGGCAAUGCGGAAAUCAAAUAGGAUCAGCUUUCUGGCCUUUGACCUUGCACGAAUACGGCAUUCAAACUGCCACCGGCGGCGUAAAUCUGCUCAAGGUGCAACGAGAUCACGUCAAGCACAUCGGCGAUCUUUCUGAUGCGUUUUCCAGCUUUUUUCACGUCCCAGAUAAUAAAUGUAGAUUGCAUUUUCAAGAUGUAGCUGAUUUAAACGCGGCUAAAGUUAAAGCUAGGGCUGUCUUAGUAGAUAUGGAGGAUAGCGUUGUAUCUAGGUUUAAACAAGGUCCACUGCGACAGUUAUUCGAUCAGACAUGUAUCGUAACGAAUUACCCAGGAUCUGGAAACAAUUGGGCAGUAGGAUAUCAUGUACACGGUAACGAGUAUCACGAUCGUUUAGAGGAAAGUGUAAGACACGUAGUCGAAAAAUGUGAUCGACUUCACGGGUUCUUAUUGAUGCAUUCUUUGGGGGGUGGCACUGGUUCUGGAUUAGGAACAGCAACCUUGAAACUGUUAAAAGAUAAUUACCCUCAUGUAGAAAGAAUUGUAUCGUGUGUGUAUCCAGCAAAUACACAAGACACCAUAACUGCCCCUUACAACACCUUGCUGGCAACUCGAGAACUUGUGGAACACGCCACAUGCGUGCUUCCCAUUGAGAACAAAGCUCUCUUAGAUAUAUGUAAUGCUCAGAUAAAUAAACGAGAUAACGCAGGUCAAGUAAAAUAUAAUGCCUCGUGUAGACCGUUUCAAGACAUGAACAGCAUCGUCGUUAAUAUGCUCUUGCACUUGACCAGUGGAUCCAGGUUUCCAGGAAGCUUAAAUAUGGACAUGAAUGAAGUGGCUACGAAUCUAGUACCUUAUCCAAAAUUACAUUACAUAUUCAGCAGUAUCAGCCCUGUGACUUUAUCUGCCCCAAAUAUGUGCACCACGCAAGAAACAAAAUUGCAGGAUGAAGUAUUCACGAACGCAUGGUCCCGAAAUAAUCAAUUAAUUAGAUUAGAUCCACUUCAAUCUACUUCUGUCAUUCUUGCUGCAGCACAUAUUGCAAGGGGAAAUACUACCUUAACUAAUAUAAAGCGAAACAUUGAAAGGUUUCAAAACAAGUCAAAAUUUACUUCGUGGAGUAGGGAUUGUAUGAAAAUAGGAUUAUGUUCCGUUCCCCCAGCAGGACAUUCAUCGUCAUUACUGUGUCUUCUUAAUUCAUCUGCCAUGUCUUCAUUAUUUAAAGAUAUAAUCCAAGAGUUUUCUAAACUGUAUAAGAAAAAGGCACAUGUCCAUCACUAUACACAAAUACAUGGAUUUGAAGAAACACAUUUUAUUGAAAGCAAAGAGAAUAUUCUUAGUUUAUGUGAAUGUUAUGAAGAAAUACAAAAUAUGGAAGAAACGAAUAUUUCUAGAUUGCAAGUAAUUUAAUUAAUUUGUAAAAAGAACUUGAACAUGGAAUCUAAGGCCGGUAUUCAUAGUUAUUUAAGUAGCGU